AUGGCGGCACCCAAGCGCAAUCUUUCUGCUGCUGCUAUUGUGGUUGACACCGAGGAAGGUUCAUAUCUGCUCAAGAUAGAUGGGUACUCACGAACCAAGGUGCUCCUCCAGGCAGGCAAGUGCGCGAUAUCUACCCGUUUCAGUGUUGGAGGCCAUGACUGGGCCUUGGAAUUCUACCCAAACGGCUGCGAGAGUGCUGAUUUCGUGUCUGUUUACCUGCUGCUUGAUUCCGCGGACGCCAAGGAUGUGACGGCGAGCUUCGCUUUCAGUGUGCUGGACAAGGAUGGGGAACCGGUACCGUCGUUCAGCCGUACCCACAGCGGACAUACCUUCCAACAAGGAAAAAGUUCGGCUUGGGGCUACUAUGAUUUCAUCAAGAAAACUGACUUAGAGGGAUCGCUGCACUUAAUCGACGACUGUUUCACUAUCAGGUGCGAUGUCACCGUCAUGAAGGGGAUCCGCACCGAAGAACAACAUAAGCGUAAGCGUAGCCAACUUGCGCUGGUUCCUCCGAGCAAUUUGCAUCGACACCUCGGCAACCUCCUAAAGAGCAUGGAUGGAGCGGACGUGAUCUUUCAUGUCGGUGGAGAGAGAUUCUCUGCUCAUAGGUCCGUGCUCGCUGCUCGGUCGUCCGUCUUCAAGGCAGAGCUCUUCGGCUCGAUGAAGGAGAAAAUCGUAGAUAAGGUUGAGAUCUUUGAUAUGGAAAGCGAUGUGUUCAAGUCAUUGCUACAUUUCAUAUACACGGACUCACUGCCUGAACAAACCACCCAUGAUGGUGAAGCACAUGAUGAUGUGGUGAUGGCUGGCCAUCUACUCGUUGCAGCUGACAUGUACAAUAUCGACAGGUUGAAGCUGAUAUGCGAGGAAAUGUUGUGUAACCACAUCGACUCCACCAUUGUGGCGACAAGCUUAACUCUAUCUGAGCAGCACGGUUGCCAUGAACUGAAGGAAGCUUGCUUUGAGUUCCUUGCUUCUCCUUCCAAUUUGGAGGCUAUGGUGACAAGUGAUGGCUAUGAGCAUCUGAAAAGCAGUUGCCCGUCAGUUCUCAGGGAGAUGAUUGCUAGGUUCCUGCCUCCUGAGCUAAAAGCGGCGAAGGAUAUCAUCAUGACAAUAUAG